AGACAUUUUCAUGUUUAGGGUCAUUCUCCAUUUUACUAUCAUUUUGUGUUGCUUCGUUCCAAUUAAUGUUAACGAGCUGCGGGCAGUUUCUUUUAGCAAGACUUUUCAAAUAUACAACGUUUUAAGUAAAUACUUUUAAUCACGUUUCACCAGCGUUAAAACUGUGUGCCUCGGGAAUGAGUUUUAAAGCGGCGGUACUUAACUCCUUCUCACCUGGUGAUACAUUUACAUCUGCCUCACAGCGGCGCGUCUUAAACGGACGGGGUUAACUUAAAGCACCGGUGUCCGAGAUUAGCCGGCUAAGCUAGCUACACAAGUCAAAGUAUGUGUUCUCCGCUCAGCGUUGCAUAAUGAGCAACACCGCACAUAGCGCUCAAAUCCCUUUUUAAAACUCCUACCGCCACCUCCACACUGCAGUGCUAGCCGAAGCAGGCGGCUCGACUUUUUCUUUUCUUUUGAGGAAGCUUUCUCCAAACGUUUUGUGGCUUCAGUGUGUACGGGACCUGACGUGACGCGGUAGUGGGGCUGGCUCUCCUCCACUCUGCCUGCAUUCAUAAACGGAUAUGAUAAACCAGCGCUGAAUGCACCGGAGCAGCGACAACGGGCAGCCCUGACCAUGGCGGAAGAGGACGACGCUAGGAUUCGGAUUUUACAGAGCCUGCGGGGGAAGAUAUGUGAAGCUAAAAACCUGGGUCCGGUCUCGGGUCCAAAUCGACAAAGAGAUCUCUGCACCUUUUGCACCAUAAGUCUGGAUCAGGAGGAGGUGUUCCGCACCAAGGUGUUUGACAAAAGCGGCAGCCCCUUCUAUGGAGAAGACUUCUACUUUGAGAUCCCACGCCCAUUUCAGUGUUUAUCCUUCUAUGUUUAUGCCAAGAGCGUUUUUCAAAGGGACCUACCUGUUGGCAAGGUGUCGAUCCGGAAGGAUGAUCUAUGUAAAUACAGUGGGAAGGAGCACUGGUUUAGCCUUCAUCCAGUAGAUCCUAACUCAGAAGUUCAGGGUAAGGUUCACCUGGAGAUGCGACUGAAUGAAGUGAUCACAGAGAACGGCUCAGUAGGUCAACACUUAGUAGUCCGAAUAAUAGAGUGCAAAGAACUGCCUUUGAUCAACGGACAGAACUGUGACCCCUACGCCACCGUGUCACUCGUCGGACCCGCCAGGUCUGACCAAAAGAAAACAAAGGUAAAGAAGAAAACCAGCAACCCUCAGUUUGAAGAGACCUUCUUCUUUGAGGUCACAAGGUCCAGCAGCUACUCUAAAAAGUCUCAUUUCCAAGUGGAGGAGGAGGACAUUGAAAAACUUGAGAUCAAAGUUGAUCUGUGGAACAAUGAGAAUCUGGGUCAGGAUGUGUUUCUGGGGGAAACACGGGUCCCUGUCAAGAUCCUGCGAAAUGACCACAUCCACAAAGCCUGGUAUCUCCUCCAGCCCAAAGGGAACGGCAGUAAGUCAAAGUCGGAUGAUUUAGGAUCCUUGCGUUUGAAGCUGACCUACAUAGAAGACACGGUGCUGCCAUCUGCCUGCUACACACCACUCUGCAACCUGCUGCUCAAAUCCCCCGAUGUGAAGCCCAUCUCGGCAUCAGCAGCACACAUCUUGGGGGACACCUGCAGAGAGCGAUACGAGGCUGUUCUGCCCAUGGUUCGACUGCUGCUCCACCACAAUCGCUUUGUGCCUUUUGUCUCUGCUGUGGCAGCACUAGAACUGGACAACACUCAGGAGGCUAACACUAUAUUCCGGGGCAACUCACUGGCAACACGCUGCAUUGAUGACAUGAUGAAGAUUGUAGGAAAGAAUUACCUAGCCGUUACCCUGAAGCCUGUAAUAGACGAGAUUUGUGAUUCCAACAAAACAUGUGAGAUAGACCCCAAUAAACUAAAGGAAGGUGACAAUGUGGAGGUCAACAAGGAAAACCUUCAGGUGUAUGUCCAGAAAGUCUUUUCCUCCAUCACCCAGUCCAGUUCUAGCUGCCCACCACUCAUGUGUGAUGUCUUCAGGUCUCUGAGACACUUGGCCUGUAAACGCUUCCCAGGUGACCCACAUGUUCAGUACUCGGCUGUUAGCAGCUUUGUGUUCCUGCGCUUUUUUGCUGUUGCUGUUCUUUCGCCACACUCUUUCCAACUGCGUUCCCAUCAUCCGGAUCCCGAGAUUUCCCGCACACUCACUCUCAUCUCAAAAACCAUCCAGACUCUCGGCAGCUGGGGUAGUUUGUCAAAAAAGCUGUCCAGCUUCAAAGAAACCUACAUGUAUGACUUCUUCAAAUCAUUCCAAGAAGACAAGUGUAUUGAAAAAGUUAAAAAGUUUCUUGAUGAAAUCUCCUCAAACGUCAGCAAGGAGUCCAGUGGACUGGAGGACGCUGUGGUACUCAAAGAGGGGGAAGUACAGAAACGUGCUCAGGGGAGGAAACGCCUCGGCAAGAGAAACUUUAAAAAGAGAUGGCUCAGAGUGACCAACAGGGAGCUCUCCUACCACAAACAUAAAGGGAAAGAGGCCCUCUGCACCAUCAGUGUCAAAAAUAUCCAGGCGGUGGAGAAACUGGAUGAAAGUGCCUUUAACCGCAAAAAUAUGUUUCAGGUGGUCCACUCCGAGAAGCCUCUGUAUGUACAGGCAGGAAACUGUGUGGAAGCCAGUGAGUGGUUGGAGGUCCUUGGCCAGGUCACUCGCUGCAACGAGGGACGCCUGGCCACUUUCCAUCCAUCAAAUUACACCAGUGGAGCCUGGCAGUGCUGUAAAAGUCAGAGCAACAGCGCUCCAGGCUGUAAGCCCUGCACAACCACCAUGCUGGCCAACCUGCAGCUGGACAUAGACUGUGACCGAGAAACAGAGAGGAUUUUCUCCUUCCUCUCCUCUAACGAUACCAAGCUGCAGAACAUGGAGGAUGCGUGUGCCAGUAUGGCCGUGUACCAGGGCCCUCAGCGGGAACAGGAGGAAUACUCCAAGUUCACCAUUCAGGAACCCAAAGAGACCUUUCAGACACUCAAACAGCUCCGAAACAUCAUGGAGGAGCUGCAGAGACAGCACAAUAUCAGGAACGACACCACAGCGCAGUACGGCAGCCUUGACAACCCCAUAGUGGGGAAAACCUCUUAACCUGGGCAGGCAGGUGUGGCCUAAAACAGCCAUGCCUGUACACCACAGAGAGCCUAAACGGUCCUAAAGGAGCUCCGAGAGUUCACCCAGCGACAAAUGCCACUGUGUGACCAGGAGAACGAUACACCCUGACCUCCACACGUCGUGAGUCCACUACAGCAGUGACGGCCCAAGAACGCGAACCAGAACAAGCCUGUGAGCUUUUCCAGAAUCGCUCGUCGGCCCUUGAAAUGAAUGAACCCUUAGGUGUUGUCUGUCGUUGUGUUUUUGGCACUAUGUUGCCUCAUCUCCUCCCCCCUCAUCUGCAUUGCAGAUCCCUUCUAAAGAGACUCUUUCUGUGUCUUAAUUUAUGUCCCCUUUUACGUCUACAGCUGUGCGAAAAAGGCAUCAUUAGAUGGUGUGUGAAUAGGCUGCUAUUUUUUUAAUUCACUCAAUUUUAUAUCAACAGCUGAGAUGAUGCUCUCCCCAUCUUUAACGUUUUGCUCUGACAUCUGUCUUUAGAGUUGAUUAAUAGUCAUCAUCAUUCUGGAGGAUCGUCCUCCACCUGUGCCCCUGUACACUUAAACUUUUCUUGACUCUUUUUGUGUCUGAACAAAUGUGUAUAUAUUUUCAAAGUACAUAUAAGUAGAUAACACCGAUCUGCCUUACUUUGACGGAUGUUUUCUUUCACAUUAAAUGCUGAGGGAAUAAUGCAGAAGCACUUUAAAUAUUUGGAGCAGUCCAAAUAGAAAUGAUUAGAUACUUGGUAUCAGCUUUCCCCAUUUUGAUCAGUUACAUGAUCUUGAGUACAUUUUUGUUUCAUUUCUGUACAAUAACAUUUAUAGUCUGUAGAUUUUAAGAUAUUUUUCUUGACCAAAGACAAUUUCAUAGGUUUGAACUUGGACUUGAAAAAAAUUAAUGUAUUUUGACUACAAAUGGUUUAAAAAUGGAGACAAAUUAUAUAUAUAUAU